GGAAGCGGAAGCACGGCGCGCCGGCUUCCUGCUUGGCAGGGGCGGGGCGGCGGCGGCGAUUGUCUGGCGGCCUGGGGCGGCCCCGUGGCGCCUACCCUCUGCCUGUGGGGACGGAGGAGUGCGCCAUGGCGGUGUCCGAGAGUCAGCUGAAGAAGAUGAUGUCCAAGUACAAAUACAGAGAUCUAACCGUCCGUCAAACUGUCAAUGUCAUCGCUAUGUACAAAGAUCUCAAACCUGUAUUGGAUUCGUAUGUUUUUAAUGAUGGCAGUUCCAGGGAGCUGGUGAACCUCACUGGGACAAUCCCUGUGCGCUAUCGAGGUAAUAUAUAUAACAUUCCAAUAUGCCUGUGGCUCCUGGACACAUACCCAUAUAACCCCCCUAUCUGUUUUGUUAAGCCUACUAGUUCAAUGACUAUUAAAACAGGAAAGCAUGUGGAUGCAAAUGGGAAAAUCUACCUGCCUUACCUACAUGACUGGAAACACCCACGGUCAGAGUUGCUGGAACUUAUUCAGAUCAUGAUUGUGAUAUUUGGCGAGGAGCCUCCAGUGUUCUCCCGACCUACCGUUUCUGCAUCCUACCCACCGUACACAGCAGCAGGGCCACCAAACACCUCCUACUUGCCAAGCAUGCCAAGUGGAAUCUCUGCAUAUCCAUCUGGAUACCCUCCCAACCCCAGUGGUUAUCCUGGCUGUCCUUACCCACCUGCUGGCCCAUACCCUGCCACAACAAGCUCACAGUACCCUUCCCAGCCUCCUGUGACCACUGCUGGUCCCAGCAGAGAUGGCACAAUCAGCGAGGACACUAUUCGAGCAUCUCUCAUCUCAGCAGUCAGUGACAAACUGAGAUGGCGGAUGAAGGAGGAAAUGGAUGGUGCCCAGGCAGAGCUUAAUGCCUUGAAACGGACAGAGGAAGAUCUAAAAAAAGGCCACCAGAAACUGGAAGAGAUGGUCACCCGCUUAGAUCAGGAAGUAGCUGAAGUUGAUAAAAACAUAGAACUAUUGAAAAAGAAGGAUGAAGAACUAAGUUCUGCUCUGGAGAAAAUGGAAAAUCAAUCUGAAAAUAAUGAUAUUGAUGAAGUUAUCAUUCCCACAGCCCCAUUGUAUAAACAGAUUCUAAAUCUGUAUGCAGAGGAAAAUGCUAUUGAAGACACUAUCUUUUACCUUGGAGAAGCCUUGAGGCGGGGAGUAAUAGACCUGGAUGUGUUCCUGAAGGUAGGCGUCCUCCCUUCACCUUUGGACUCUGCUGCAGGGUCAGAGUCACAGCACCUAAAUUUGAGAUUAUUGCGCACCCCUGGUUUUGUUUUUGUUUUUUUCUUUUUAGUCUUUUAAUGGUCUUAGAGUUGGAUAAUUUUAGAUUAGCUUUCCCAGAUCAGAUAGUUCUAGAAAGAAGUGGCUACCCCCUUUUAAUGCAGGUUAUCUCUGGCUUACUAAUCGCGACCAGGCCUGUAGUCUUACUAAGCUAUGCUUGUUGUUCAUAGAGAAUAUGGUUUUCGGAGUAGUAGCCAGACACUCAUUAUAUUUGACCUUGUUUCUGGUGAUGCUUUAGCAAGCUGGCAGGGCACUUGGGUGAGUGGCUAAACCGUAUGCCUCAGCUCUAAUGUAAGCAGUGUGAGUGGCUGAGUGUCCAGUAGAGAUCACAAAGAAGGCUCUCUGCCGCUGUCUUCUGGCUCGGUGGCCAGGCAUACACAGGGGUGAGUAGGGAGGCAGGAGUAGUAAACCAUUUUUGGGACAUUGGGUAGGGGUGACGCUAACGCACCAUUUCUCCUUAGCCCUUCUCUUCCUUUCCUUUUAGCCAAGGGACAAUUUGGUAACUUAUUUUAAGCAUGCAGCAUGUUUUCCUGGCAUCUCGGUGUCUCAAGAUAUAGGUAGGGGCUGGGGCUACACCUCAGGGAAUGGCACGGACCUAAUGUGUACAGAGCUCUGGAUUUGAUCCUCAGGACUGCAAAGCCAAACAUGGCGUCCUGAGCCAGACCCUGCAUGUAGUAGAGUGUCUGCAAGUGUUUUUAAUGUGGAGUUGGUUCUAAGGCUGCUGUGUAUAUUUGGGAUUGCUGGGUGCUCUCUGACAUCACGGCUGCAUCAGCCAUUCUGAAACACUAACAUUUUCCUCCUUCCUAGCACGUCCGCCUCCUGUCCCGUAAACAGUUCCAGCUAAGGGCACUAAUGCAAAAAGCAAGAAAGACUGCGGGCCUUAGUGACCUCUACUGACGUGUGCUAUCAGCUGGAGACCGGCCUCUUCGUAAAGCAUUCUUUUCUUCUCUUUCUUUUUCUCAUCAGUAGGAAGAACCCAGAAUAAGUUAUUGCAGUUUAUCAUUUGAGUGUUAAAUAUUUUGAAUUGAUAAUAUAUUUUCUGUUUCCUUUGGGUAAAGACUGGCUUUUAUUAAUGCACUUUCUACCCUCUGUAAGCUUCUGUGCUGUGCUGGGACUGACUGGGCUAAAUAAAAUUUGUUGCAUAA